AACAUAAUAGAAAUGAUAUAGUGUUAUGAAUUAAGAUACUUAAAUAUUGGUGAAAAAAAUAUAAAAGUGAAAUAUAAAAUGUGUUUGUAAAAAGCAAAUAUAAAAAAAAGGGGUUGUAAGAGAAAUGAAAAUAGAGAAAGGAAAUUAGAAAGAAGAAAAGAGAAGUGAAAGAGGACAAGAGGGAAAGCGAAGAAGAAAGAGGGUGUAGAGAGUUUGCGCGACGUUCGACCCGAAUCUCUCAUCGGACGUUAAGCCAGCUAGCUAGCCAGCCAGCCAACCAGCCAGCCAGCCAGCCAGCUAUCCAUCUAUCCAGUCAAGUAGACAGGCAGCAAGCCAGUUAGCCUUUCAUCCACCCUGCGAUUCGAAUUUUUCAAUCAACUAUUAAUGGAAUCUUAGUAUCUUAUAACUGGUAUUGAGUUAUAAAAAAAAAAUAAGCAAUGUUAGAAAAAGAAAAUCAGAAAUUAGAUUGACAAUAUAAGAGGAUCAUAAAACGGUGUGCAUAUUUUGGAAUGCUUAUACCGGUGGAAUCGGGUAUCUGGGGCUGGGGAUUCUUCGCUUUUUUCUUAUUCUUUACCACCCCCAGUCCUGCUGCUAUCCGCAGAGCGGAUCGAGAUCAUUGUAAUAAGACGGUAGAUUUAUAUGAAGAUGUAUCGAGUCCGGCUGUAACUUCAACAAAUUGGGGAAAACCAUUAUCUUGUUGGUAUCGUUUUCGAUCAUUUCGUGGAACUCCUCGAGAUUGGAUUCUGCGAGUUCGUUUCAAAUUUAAAGUUGGUGUAUUGGAAAAUGCUACUACUUGUUCCGGAGGUUAUUUACAGAUCGUAGAUGGAAAUACGAAAACAGAGGUGAGCAAUCGAAAAGAUCCAGGUGUUUAUUGUGGUGAGUCCGAGCAACCACAAACAUUUAUUUCUGAAACAAGUUUUGUUCGUGUGAUAUUUCAUGCGGAUAAUUUUACGGAUCAGACAUACUUCAGUUUUGAUUCUCGUGCAGAACAACAGUUCGAAGUAUAUUUAAGGUAUGGUCAACAUCCGGAACUCUAUCCAAAUCGAAGAGGUGAAAUUGUGCCCGGCAGUUAUUGCGAACGAAUUUUCAAAGAUUGUAGAUUACAAACAUGUUAUGUACAAAGUCCGGCUUAUCCAGGCAUUUAUCCGCGAGCGUUACAUUGCAAGUAUCGUCUCAAUACACGUUUGCCUUUUAUAAAAUUGUACAUUGAAAAUGAAGAAUUUAAUAUUGAUGGACAAAGAUGUGAAAACAUAAUGACUUGUCCUAUGAGACCGAUAAGUUCUGGCUCAGAGCACUGUCCGUAUGAUUACAUACGCGUUUACGAUGGGAAAGAUGAAACCAGUCCGGCUAUUGGUACCUUCUGUGGUAUGGGGAAAUUUCCUUACAGUAUAAUUGGUACUAGUGAAGAUCUUUAUGUAGAGUUUGUUUCGUCACCAGCAGGUCCUCUUUUAAAUACUGGUUUUCAUUUUAACGUUGGCAAUUGGCCAGGUCACGUAGAAACUGCUGGUGUUCGAAAUGGUAGUUGUGAUUGGUUGUUAAACAGUGAAUCUUUACAUAGUGGUAAUGAAGGAAUAUUUCUCUCGGUGGCACAUUGGUAUCCACCGUAUACUAGUUGUACCUAUCUUCUCAAAGGUCGACCCGGCGAAAUUGCAAGACUUUAUUUUCCUAGUUUUCGAGUUAAUCGCAUCGAAUCACCUAUUCAACCAUAUGACGGUGAUUGCGGUGAAAGUUUGACUCUUUAUGAUGCCGACUGGCCAGACGAUGCCAAAAUUAUAAAGACUUUUUGCGAUACAUUUAGUAAACCAAUGGAAAAACAUGAUUUCGUAUCCAGUUCAAACGCUUUAUUUGUCAAAUUUGAAAGCAAAACAGGAAGUUAUUCUGGUAGUUCAUUAUAUUAUUGGGCACAUUAUGAUUUUUUUAAUGCAACAAGAUUCGGUACACCUGUACCUGGAACCGAAUGUGACGAAACAUUUACUUCCUGGAAAGAACGUUCUGGUAAACUUCGAUCACCGCUUAAUACUCUUGUUUAUAAACGUCCAGGUGAUCCACCAACUGAUCUUUCAUGCACUUAUAGUUUUAUCACAGACAAACGAUUAUAUGCAAGAGUGAUUCUUAUCGUGGAAUCAGUCAAUUUUAAAGAACAUCCGUAUGCACAAUGCGGUCAUUGUUGGGAUAGUCGAGUUGAUCGAUUAAUUAUUCGAGAACCAUCUAUUAUAGAUAUUACUGAUCAAUAUUCACAACAACACCAAUAUCAGCAACAACAACACCAACGUCAACAACAAAAUAAUAACAUUGGUAGAAGUCAUUGUAUUUGUCGAUCAACAAUAGUUGAUAAAUUAAUUAAUAAUGGACCGAAUAGUGAAGGACAACCGGUGCUUCGCGUAGUUUCAAGAGGAGAAAGACUUGAAUUAAAACUUCUGGUGGAUGGUGCACAUGCUGCAGCGAGCUACUUUAAACAAUCUUUACCGUUAUUCGAGGCAAAGUAUGAAUUUGCUCACAGUCCAUUAUGUGGACCAGCAAUUCUGCCAGCUACAACUGAUGGUGAAUUUGAAUUUCCUCAUUAUGAAGCGCUCGGAUAUGUUGCACCACCUCGAUCAAUCAAAUGUAUCUGGGAAUUACGUGUUAAUCGAGAUAGAGAUAUUUGGUUGCAUUUCGACAAGAUUAAGUUUGCUUCGAGAUCUUGUGAAGAUGGAAAAUUAGAAAUUUUUUUACCUGGAACUACUGAACCAUUUCUUAGUAUAUGCGGAGAAAAUGUUAGUUACGUUAGAGAAAUGCCGAUUAUAUCGGCAGCACAGAUCACUCCAAAUAUUCGUUUAUCUGGAGAUCAUGAUUUUGGACGUUUUAACAUGAAUUCUAUUCAAACUCAAACUCAUCUUCAACUGCCAUCACAAUCAUCACUGCCACCAGAUUAUCAGCAAGAAGAAUUUGAAUGGCCAACCGUAAUUGUUCAAUUCACUGGUUCUAUGGCACCAGCAAGAGCUGCAUUUAAAAUUGCUUGGACAGAAUUAUAUCAUUUACCACGUGAUUCUUCAGGCGCUCUAAAUACACAGAAACUUGAAGAAUUUUGUGGAUUUCAAUGUCCGGGCGAUUCUGGUUGUAUUCCUGCGAGACUUGUUUGCAAUGGUAUUAUUAACUGUCCUGUACUAGAGCCUCGAUCAAUAUUCAAAAAUGUACAUAACAGUACCGAUUCGUUGACAACAGUUGAAGAACCGAAUGAUGAAUCCAUUGAAACUUGUGGAGUUAAUGUUGUUAGUGAACACGGCACUAUUUCUGGAUCUGGAAAUGGUGUCGGAGGUUUGGCUAGCGUUGUUGGUUCUGCCGGAUGGGCGGGAGCUGGUUUAGGUGCAGCUCUUGCUGUUCUUCUCGGUCUUCUUUGUUUAAUUACUGUUUGUAAACUUUGUAGGCAACGAACCACUUCUAGAGAUAUUCAUGUACCAUAUUGACAGAGGUACGAAUAUAAACAUAAAUACAAUUACAAAUGCAAACAUAAA